UAGAAGCCGCUGAUCCUCAACCCUUGUGCCGAUACUUGGCUCAAUGGCUCGGGAGUGAGAUUGACAGGGCCAAGUGAAGUGUUUGAAACUGUCAGUCAAGUGAGAGGGAAGUCUCUGGAGCAGCUCGGCCCGCCCCGUCAAGGCUGCUGCGGUUUUGUUUUUCUCACAUAUAAGCCACCAUUUUUUUUAUUUUUCCAUCGAGAUAACCAUAUUAGGGCUUGUUUUUUUGUGGGAUGACUUGUAUUUUUAAUUACACCAUUUUUGGUACCUCUUAUGUAUUAGAUAACUUCCAAAACUUUACCAUUGUUUGUAGGGCUUUGUUUUUAUGGUGGUAACUUCAAGGUAAAAAUGGCAUUAACUUUAUUCUGGGGUCAGUAUGAUCAUGAAGAUGCCAAAUUUAUAUAGUUUUAGUUUGUGGACGGGGGGGGCUAAUUUUUUCUAGGACAAGGUAUUGUUUUUUUAUUGAUAUCAUUUUGGGGCCUUUUAACUGCAUUCAGAAACCUGUAACCUCUGAACAGCUAGACAGAGGAGGACAACUCAAGGACUCCUUAAAGAGAUAGGAGACCUGCAUAUAAAGGUCCGGAGUACACAGCCAUUCUCCUUUGGCACAGCUGUGCGCUAUUUCUUCACCUAAGAGAUUAUCAUGGGAUCCAGCAGUGGAUCUUGGUAUACAGGACCUUGUAUGUACAUGACACCUAUUCAGUACCUUGUGCCUCCCUGAUCUAUCCCUACAGGUCAUACCUGUCAAUCAUCAUGUCACUGGGACACAGAGGGGACAGUACAUGGUGCUCAGCGAUGCCCAUUACCAAUGGAUUAUCCUGCUGCCACACAGUCAGUGCUAUGAGGGCACCAUGCGUGAGGCCCACAGUCUUUGUGCUAAGGUCUCUUCCCAUAGGACAGUUGGGAUUUAUGUCUCUGACAUUCGGCAGCAUGUUGCUCCCUUCAGUACUUUGGAUUUACGCAUGCUUGGUGGCCACGUGGGAGCAUAGCCUAAAAAAAGUCAUUAGUAUAUGGAGCCAUGAUCAAUAGAAGCAGAGAUAAAUAAAUAGGAAACAAGAUAUAAAAGUUACAAUAGACAGACAUAUGUGUCAGGUUACUGGUAUGGCAGAGCUGUAGGGCCAGUGUAGCAGAGCUAGUUGGCUCGUGUAACAGUGAUGCUUGGAACAAGCUGAAUAAUCAGGCAGCCGUCUGAGCCCAGUUUAGAUACCGUCAUUGGAUGAUGUCUUCAGAGCCCACUUGGUUUCUGCUGUAGCAUGUAGGGCAGGAGGAUGGACAGAGCAGGUCAGAGGAGGAUGGGAGUCAAGAGACACUAUGCUUUAUGUAAAAUGUUUUUCCACACCCUGCUCUCCUCUCAGGUUUCUGAGGUACAGAACCUUCACAGAUAAAGUUUAUGAUGAAGGACAGAAAAAGCAUGGCUGUGAGGAUAUUUGACCUCACCCUAGAGAUCAUCUACUUGAUAACUGGAGAGGAUUACACAGUAGUGAAGAAGUCGUCUGGUGAGUGUGUGUCAGGAGAAUGGAGCAGGACCCCGGGAGCCAUCACUGAGCCUCCACCUCAUUCACUGAUACAUGAGCAGGAGAUCCUAGAACUUACCAACAGGAUCACUGAGCUGCUGACCGGAGAGGUUCCUAUAAGGUGUCAGGAUGUCACUGUCUAUUUCUCCAUGGAGGAGUGGGAAUAUUUAGAAGGACACAAGGAUCUGUACAAGGAUGUCAUGAUAAAGGAUCACCAGCCCCUCACAUCACUAGGGAGGAGACCAGAUGAGUCCAGUAGGAGAAAUACACCAGAGAGAUGUCCCAGUCCUCUAUAUCUCCAGGAUUGUCUUGAGGAAAAGCAAAAUGUCCUACUGGAUCAUCAGGACGCGGCAGUCUCGUGGAGACUUCCAAGAAAUCCAGUUAAUGGUACAGGCCUCUCACAGGUAAACGUUUCUUUGGAAGUUUUUCAUGACCCACCAAGGAUGGACGAGGACAAAGACCUCAUGGUGGCGAGGAUAUUAGACCUCACCCUAGAGAUUAUCUACCUGAUAACUGGAGAGGAUUACACAGUAGUGAAGAAGUCGUCUGGUGAGUGUGUGACACCCCAUGUGUCAGGAGAAUGGAGCAGGACCCCGGGAGCCAUCACCGAGCCUCCACCUCAUUCAUUGAUACAUGAGCAGAAGAUCCUAGAACUUACCACCAGGAUCACUGAGCUGCUGACCGGAGAGGUUCCUAUAAGGUGUCAGGAUGUCACUGUCUAUUUCUCCAUGGAGGAGUGGGAGUAUUUAGAAGGACACAAGGAUCUGUACAAGGAUGUCCUGAUGAAGGAUCACCAGCCCCUCACAUCGCCAGAUGAGUCCAGUAGGAGAAAUCCAUCAGAGAGAUGUCCCAGUCCUCUAUAUUCCCAGGAUUCUCCACAGGAAAAGCAGAAUGUCCCACUGGAUCAUCAGGAAAAUUAUGAUGGACCAACGAAUGGACCAGAAAAACCUGUAUCGGAGUCAGUGAAUGGUGAAGACUGCAUGAGAAACUCCCAGGAAAACACUUUGUAUGAUAAUCAAUCACAGAUUUGCAAAAAUAGCACUGAAAAUGGACUUCUAAAAAUGUUUGCAUGUUCUGAAUGUGGAAAGAAUUUUACAAAGAAAGGCAAUCUUUCUAGACAUGAGGGAACUCACAUCAACGAGCGGCCAUUUACAUGUUCAGAGUGUGGGAAAUCUUUUACUCAGAAAACAACUCUUGUGGCACAUCAGAGAAUUCACACGGGAGAGAAGCCAUACCCAUGUUCAGAAUGUGGGAAAUGUUUUACUAGGAAAUCCUAUCUUGUUGGACAUCAGAAGACUCACACAGGAGAGAAGGAAGCUUCAUGUUUAGAAUGUGGGAAAUUUUUUACUAGGAGAUCCUAUCUUGUAAGACAUCGAAGAAUUCACACAGGAGAGAAGCCAAAUUCAUGCCCAAAGUGUGGGAAAUGUUUUAGCCAGAAAUCAUCUCUUUUGCAGCAUAUGUUAAUUCACACAAAGGAGAGACCAUUUUCGUGUUCAGAAUGUGGUAAAUGCUUUCGCCAUAAAGCAGAUGUUAUAAAACAUCUAAGAAUACACACCGGGCAGAAGCCAAAUUUCUGUUCAGAAUGUGGGAAAUGUUUUAGCAACAAAUCAAGUCUUGUAGAGCAUCUAAGAACUCACACAGGAGAGAAACCAUAUUCAUGUCCUGAAUGUGGGAAAUGUGUUAGCCAUAAACCAGACCUUGUGAAACAUCUGAGAAUUCACACAGGAGAAAAGCCAUAUUCAUGUACUGAAUGCGGUCAAUGUUUUAGCCAGAAAUCGAGUCUUUUGUCACAUCGAAGAACUCACACCGGGGAGAAGCCAUAUUCAUGUUCAGAAUGUGGGAAGUGUUUUGUUCAGAAAUCGAGCCUCUUGUCACAUCUAAGAACUCACACAGGGAAGAGGCUAUAUUCAUGUACACUAUGUGGGAAGUUCUAUAACCAUGAAACAAGUCUGUUGGAACAUAUGAAAUCUCACACAGGAGAGAAGCCAAAUUCAUGUACAGAAUGUGGGAAAUGUUUUAGUCACAAUUCUAGUCUUGUGGAACAUCUAAGAAUUCACACAGGCGAGAGGCCAUUUUUAUGUAUAACAUGUGGGAAAUGUUUUAGUCACAAAUCGGGUCUUAGUAAACAUCAAAGAAUUCACACAGAUGAGAAGCCAUUGUAAUGUUCAGAUUGUAUGAAAAAUGUCAGGUGUGGAGCUCCAUUGUAGGACCUGUUUCCUCAGAAUAUCUUCGAAUGUAGAACUUGAAAUCACCUUUCCAAAAACAGAUCAACGCCUGUCCACAGGUUAUGUGUGGUAUUGCUGUUCUACUUAAUUCACCUCAAUAGAGUCAAGCUGCUAUACCAGACACAACCGAUGUAACAGAAGAGAUAAGAGUAACCCCUGCUUUCAGUUGAACAGCCCCUUAGAUGCCACAGUCAAUAGGGACAGCAGCAUAUUAACCUGUUAGACUGAGGGAGGGGGCUCCUUCUGUCACACAAUCAUCGUGGGGUGCCAAUUGGUUGCUAUUGCAAUGUUAAUGUAUUUAUAAGUUUAAAAUGUUAAACAGUAAAAAAAAAUACAAUUUUGGUGGAUUUAUUUGGAAAUACUUUCCUGGAUUGCCAGUACACUAGUGGAUGUGCCUGGUAGGACAGAUGGAAUUU